GAAGGCUUCUUUCUUUGUGCGUGCGUGGGAACCCUCCCAACCUCAUCGGCAUCCCUCCACAUCUUCCUGCUCACCUUCUGGUCCUCCCCGCGAACAGAGCAAAGACUCGCACGCCUUUCAUACCUCAAGACGAGAUUGUGAGGCCACUCCCAACCCGCUUGUGUCAAACCGAAUUUCACUCUCUCGCGCAAUAAAUUACAAUGUUGAGGUCAACUAGGUUCUUGGCGUCGAGCAGGGCGGCGCUCCGCACUUCUGGACGGAAGUACAACACUGGCGGUACCGGCAGUGCAGUCCUCACUGAGCCCAGCCCGUCCACCCGCACCCUGAAAUACACCUACCCCCAAUCCCUUGGCAAUGUCCCCGAAACCCAAGUGACAAAGCUGGCCAACGGUUUCACUAUUGCCACCGAGUCGAACCCCAACUACCAGACUGCUACUGUUGGUGUGUGGAUCGAUGCUGGUUCUCGUUUUGAGACGGAGAAGACGAAUGGUACCGCACACUUUUUGGAGCACAUGGCUUUCAAGGGUACUAAGAGCAGGACCCAAGUCCAGCUCGAGACUCAAAUUGAGAACAUUGGUGGUCACUUGAAUGCAUACACUUCCCGCGAGCAAACGGUCUACUAUGCAAAAACGCUCUCUUCGGAUGUUAACACCGCCGUAGAGAUUCUCUCUGAUAUCCUACAAGGAUCGACUCUCAGUCAGGAUGCCAUUGAACGAGAACGUGAUGUCAUUCUCCGUGAAGCUGAGGAGGUUGACAAGCAAAAGGAGGAAGUUGUGUUUGACCACCUCCACGCAUCCGCCUUCCAGCGCUCCCCUCUUGGACGUACUAUCCUCGGCCCUGCCAAGAACAUUAAGAGCAUCACCCGUGAGGAUUUGGUAGACUACAUCUCAACCAACUACACCCCUGAGCGCAUGGUUCUCUCUGCCGCUGGUGGUGUUGACCACGAGGCCCUCGUUAAACUUGCGGAGCAGCAUUUCGGUAAGAUGAGCCCUGGUGAAUCAAGGGCCAAGCAGCCCAAGGCAAAGUUUGUCGGUUCCGAUCUUCGUGCCCGUUACGAUGACCACCCCACUGCCCACGUUGCUCUGGCCGUUGAGGGAGUGAGCUGGACAAGCCCCGAUUACUGGGCUCUUCUUGUUGCUCAGUCCAUCAUUGGUAGCUGGGACCGCUCUUUGGGUGCUGCUCCUCACGUAUCCUCCAAGCUUGCUCAGAACCUCCACAAAUGGGGCUUGGCCAACUCGUUCAUGUCCUUCAACACUUCGUACUCAGACACUGGUCUCUUUGGAGUCUACGCUGUGUCCGAGAAGACGAUGCACCUUGACGACUUGGUACACUACAUCCAGCAAGAAUGGCACCGUCUUGCCAUGAGCGUCACUUCUACGGAAGUCUUCCGUGCCAAGAACCAGCUCAAGACUUCGCUUUUGCUUGCUCUUGACGGUACCACCCCUGUGGCUGAGGACAUUGGUCGUCAGAUGCUCGUGUACGGCAAGCGUCUGACUCCCUGGGAGAUUGAUGGCUUGAUUGAGAAGGUGACUGCUCAGGAUGUGAUGAAGGUUGCUCGCGAGUACAUUUACGACAAGGAAGUGUGCAUGGUUGGAUAUGGUCCCGUUGAGGCCCUUCCUGACUUCAACCGUGUCCGGUCUGCAAUGUCGCCAAUUUACUACUAAACGCGAGAUGGGAAGAGUUUUGGGUGAUUGGUGUCGGGGAAGUUGCAUCCUGCGUGUUUAGAAUCAUAAUGCAAUGAGUAUUUGGAGGGCGGGGUGUGUCGUGUGCUGCGUUUUGUGGUGGAUUAUUCUUAAUACCAAUCUGACUGCCUUUUAUGUCAUUGUUUUCUGAAUGCAUGGCGUCCUGGUGUAUUUAAUGCACAGCGUUUUUGAGUCACAGGGCAA